GGACAGGUAAUAUCCGCGAGAUCGUCCUCCAGAUUAUCUUGCAGAUGGUCAAACCCAAGUGAUCGUGAUUAAAUGCAUCUUAGCGCCAACAGGUCUCAACAUUCAACAAAAGCGACGCCGUUGCGAGGUGCGUACCUCUGAAAGACCGAGAAAUCGGGCAGGAGGAGCAGAGAUGGAAAAGGAAGAGGAGGAGAGAAAGAAGAAGAAAGUGGUAAUAGAGAUCCCUUCUUAUCGCGAGGUUCUUGAGGGCUCUGAACCCCGUCUCCCUCCUCCCAACCUCUUCCGGCCUUCCUCUUCCUUUUCCGAGGCUUUCUCCUUCGUCAAGAACUCCGAGUUCUAUACUCCACCGCCGCCGCCAUCGCCACCACCGGCAACAACAACAACUCCCCAGCUACGUCCGUCCGGGACUACGCCAGAAAAGGAUUCACGGCAAACAUCGAGUGCUUCCUCUUCACCAUCGCCGUCUUCGUCGGCCAAGUCACUCGGUAGGAAUGCUAUUCUUGUAAGCCACAGGCAGCAAGGAAAUCCGUUGCUGAAGCAUAUCAGAAAUGUGAGAUGGUCAUUUUCAGAGAUCAUACCUGAUUACCUGUUGGGACAAAACUCAUGUGCCUUAUACUUGAGCCUGCGAUACCACCUGCUUCAUCCAGAUUAUAUUUAUCAUCGAAUAAGGGAACUACAAAAAAAUUACAGGCUUCGGGUUGUGCUAUGCCACAUUGAUGUGGAAGAUGUAGUGAAACCUCUACUUGAAGUUACACGAACAGCUUUACUUCAUGAUUGCACCCUCCUCUGCGGUUGGAGCUUGGAGGAAUGUGGUCGAUAUUUGGAGACAAUUAAGAUAUAUGAAAACAAGCCUGCCGACACUAUUCAAGAGAGAACAGACACUGACUAUUUAUCUCGGAUGAAUCAUGCGUUGACAAGUAUUCGUCAUAUCAAUAAGAGUGAUGUUGUCACCCUUGGCUCAGCUUUUGGGUCUCUCUCUGGUAUCAUGGAUGCCUCGAUGGAAGACUUAGCUCGAUGUCCAGGGAUAGGCGAGCGGAAGAUACCACAAAAACCACUGCCAGAUUCAGAACUAUCGGACCUAGUGCUGGUCAAUAAUGUCUCGGCUUCUUAUGAAAACCAAUUUUGGUAUGAAAGGAUGAUAGAAACUGCAAUGUGCAUGAAAGUUGAAGUAAACUGACAACCUUGUCUGGAGGGUUGGAUUUGAUUGUUAAGAUUUACAUGUAUAACUAUGAUCCCUCUGGACUCCAUAGCUGUUUCUAGGCAGUUGAGUUGGUUUCCUUACCAGCUUGUGACCUCUCUCUCCAUUGAGGUAUGUAGGGCCAUAGGCUGUUUUAUUUGAUAUCAAUUAGUAGGAAACAACCUACUGGAAAUAUUUUGAAGAAGGAAAAUGACAGAUCGCUCUUCUUACAUUGUUUUCCUGAAGUAUGAUGAAAUUACAAAAAGUUGAAUGCUGUUCCAAAGUUCCAAACUUUUCCUUUUCUGCAUGGUUAUUGUGUUUUCAGCCUCGAGUAGGUGGAUUGAUUAAACGACAUUGUGAUCAAUGCUGCUCAAAUUUGCCUGGGCUGGUUGAAUAUGGAAUAAUCGUGUUUUGCUUCAGGCAAUGCAAUGUGACUGAAGGAGGGUCAGCAAAUUAGAGAGCUAAACAAAUAGCCAAAGGAAAGAGCUUGUUCUGUUUCAUAAAAUCUGUCUCAAGUCUUAAGAUCCUCAAGAGCCUUUCCUCCUAACUAGGUAUCUAGUAUUUAGAUCUUCAAGUUGAAAAAAGUUUUGAGAGUUCAAUACCUGGGGUAUGUAGAACCAGUUCUCGUGUCUUUCCUAAUAAAGAAUGCCUAAUAAAGAAUGAUUCUCCUCCCUUUUUGAGGCUAAGUAGACGUGGGUUUCUUCUUGGCUGGCAGCAAUAUGCAGUACAAUUUUUAUUUCUGAAGGCAUGACUAUAAGCUGAUAUUGAUCAACCAGGUCUUGAGAUAUGAAAUUUCUGCCACAAAAUCUUGAACUCAAGAAUUCCA